CCUCUCUCUCUCCCCCCCCCCGUCUCUUACCUCUUCCUUCCUCUGUCUGUCUCUCUCUCUCUCUCUCUAUCCCCUCUGAAAUCGUGUUCUGGUGCUUCUCUCUCUCUCUCUUUGAGUCGCUUGGAGCAAUGGAGCCGCCGCUUUAGAAGACAUCCACGACUUGAAUCUCAGCGCUGUCUCUCACUUCCUCGUGCUGAGCGCAAAGUUCCAACCUUUGGUUUUAUCCGUUUUCACACCGUUCAUUACUUCUGCAGCGAAUCUUCUGAAUCUUCUCUUCUGCUUCAUUCAUCCGAAAGUAAAGCUGGCUGUGAUCCUUUCACGAAGUCGCCUGCUCUCUGAAGUCGAGGCAGCUCGAAAACCCUAAUUGCCCUCCUCCUCUCCCUCAGCUCAGGGCAGUAAAACCUUCGCCAACCGAUUUUUUCCUUUUGGACAUGGAGAACGCGUCUUCCUUAGCCGUCUCUUCUGCUUCAGUGGAGGUAGCCACCGCCUCCUCCUUGGCGGAGCCGUCGCCCAAGAAGAAGCGCAACCUUCCCGGAAUGCCAGAUCCCGACGCGGAGGUGAUCGCCCUGUCGCCCAAGACUCUGCUGGCGACAAACCGGUUCGUGUGCGAGAUCUGCAACAAGGGGUUCCAGCGGGACCAGAACCUGCAGCUCCACCGGAGGGGCCACAACCUCCCGUGGAAGCUGAAGCAGAGGACUGGGGGGAAGGAUCAGGUGCGGAAGAAAGUGUAUGUUUGCCCCGAGACAACCUGUGUGCACCACAACCCGGCCCGGGCACUUGGGGACCUCACGGGGAUAAAGAAGCACUUCUGCCGGAAGCACGGCGAGAAGAAGUGGAAGUGCGAGCGGUGCUCGAAGAAGUAUGCGGUCCAGUCCGACUGGAAGGCCCACAUGAAGACCUGUGGCACCAAGGAGUACAAGUGCGAUUGCGGAACCCUGUUCUCGAGGAGGGACAGCUUCAUAACCCACCGAGCGUUCUGCGAUGCCCUUGCGGAGGAGAGCUCGAGGGCCCAGAACAUGGUGCAACCACUGCCGGAGGGAAACCUUAAUCGGGCAAAGGCUGCCAGCAAUGUGGCUUCGCCUCCGCCUCCGCCUCUCACUCCGUCCACCACAGUGGUCUCUCCGGUUCUGUCCAUUCAAAGUUCAGAUUUGCCCGAGAAUGCCACUGAUGUUUUGCCACCUGUACCGGCCGUGGCAGCUCGAGCAACUAGCAGUACUGGCACCGGUGGAGCCCCUGUAGAUGGUGGUGGAGGAGGCUUUGGAAGCACAUACACGAGUCCAACCCAGCUGCUGCCACCACAACUUCUGCCUCAGAGGUCGCCCUCUUCGCUCUCCAACAUGGUCUGCCCAGCGGUCCUCCCGGAUCAAUGUGGCUCACUGCCUUCACCCUCCACUACGGAGCCUACCUCACUCUCUCUGUUCCUCUCCAGCACUGCCUCAUCGAUUUUCUCGAGGCCGGAGCAGAACCCUCGCCUUUUUGCCCCCUCUCUUCAGCCCGCCAUGUCCGCCACCGCGCUGCUCCAAAAAGCUGCCCAGAUGGGGGCAGCUGCCUCAAACUCAUCCCUGCUGCGUGGCCUCAGCCUAGCAAUGUCAUCAACAUCCUAUAGUAAUGAUACCACUGCUUCCACCUCCAAUGCUACCCACUGGGGUGGCCACCCAAAAGCCGAGAAUGAUGAUACUGCUGGUCAUGGGCUCGGGCUCAGCUUGCCAUCUCAGGAAAGCUCCGACAUGUCUGGUCUUAUGAUGGGCCAGUCUUCGUUGUUUGGCACCAAGCCUAUGACGCUCGAUUUUCUUGGUCUGGGUAUGAGUCCCAGUGUGGCAACCACAACUGGCCUCUCAGCCUUCCUCACAUCCCUGGAAGGGGGUUUCGGUGCUGCCCCACCUACCUCAUUUGGAGGAGGUGGGGGUCCACAGAGUUCGGUUCGAGCAGCAUGGGAUGGCGAACUGGAAAGAAAGCCCAGCGGGACCUCCUUUCUUUAGUCAGGCUCCAGUAGUUCCUGAGCUUCUACAUUGCGGUAGAGGGUCCUUUGCCCAUAAUAUGCUCGUCGGUGUAGAUUGUUAGUUUAGUAUUAUUACUCUGCUGUGGGAAGAGGAUCUCAAGCUCCAUCCUCGCCCAGUAUAAUUCUCUGGUGAUCCGGGAAGGUCAGGAAGCGCAUAUGAAGACAGUUUAAUUUUGUUUAAUAUUAUCAUGUUCUCGUUUAUUAUUUUGUCGAAACUCGAAACGCUAGUUUUUGCCAUUUGUAAAUAUAUAUCUUGAAGCCGCCCUUAAACAAAAUUCAUUACUAUAUCCGGUUCCCUUUGAUCUAA